AACCAAUUUUUACGACAGCUGGGACUGGUAUCUACAUGGCAGUUUGGAGAUGUUUACGGUUUGGAUCCAGAGCUCCUUACAAUGGUGCCCAGGCCUGUGUGUGCUGUUCUGCUCCUGUUUCCUGUGACAGAGAAGUAUGAAUCAUUUAGACUGGAGGAAGAAGCAAAGAUUAAGGCCCAGGGGCAAGAAGUAUCCCCAGACGUGUACUUCAUGAGACAAACUAUUGGAAAUGCUUGUGGCACAAUAGGAUUGAUUCACGCAGUGGCAAAUAACCAAGGACAUCUUGAGUUUGAGCCCAACUCACCACUGAAGACAUUUUUAGUGCAGUCCUCCAAGUUGAGCCCAGAGGAGAAAGCAACUUUCCUUGAAAAAGAUGAGAGUAUCCGUGUAACACAUGAGUCAAGUGCUCAAGAGGGCCAGACAGAGGCUCCAAGUUUAGAUGAAAAAGUAGACCUGCAUUUUAUUGCCUUGGUAAAUGUUGGGGGACAUUUACAUGAAUUGGAUGGAAGGAAACCUUUUCCAAUUGUUCACGGAAAAACCUCAGAGGACCGUUUUCUUGAGGAUGCUGCAGAAGUCUGCAAGAAAUUCAUGGCACGUGAUCCUCAGGAGCUUCGCUUCACUGUGGUGGCUCUUUCCAAAGCAUAAGCUGCUCGCUCUUUUGUGUUCUACCAAGACGAAAACUGCCAAUCAUUCUCAAGUGCUGAACAUGUUGGAAUGUUUGCAAUUUUACAGAAUAGAUUUUGAUAAAAUGGUUGUUUGCUGAAAGCUUUGACUCUAACACCUGCAAAUUUCCCUGACCUGCUGUGUUGCUCUAACCCUAAAGUGCAGACUAUAAGUGAACUAAAUAUGAACAAUUAAAUCUGUGAUUAGGUAAAAGAAAGUAUUAAAUCAUAUCAAAAUGCUGUUUUAUUGCUAUUUGCAUUAAAAAAAUGGUCCACUUUGAACUCUCCCUCCUACCAAUGCUCUAAUGGAAAUAAUAAUGAUGGGUUUCUUCAGAUUUCACAAAAGACUGGAUGUUAUGUUAAAGUCUCUAAACUGAUCUGGAAUCGGGAAUGAUAAUAUUUGGGUGUAUUAAAGGUUAAGCUGUUUAUAAAA